AUGGUGCGAGUGGUUGAUAUUAACGAUCACGCCCCAACUUUCGCCCAAAGUGUUGUAGAGGUCCACUUUGCCGAGAACAACUCGCCUGGUGAGCGAGUGCUUACAGUAGUAGCCUCUGAUGCAGACAGUGGCAAGAAUGCAGAGAUUGCUUACUCUCUUGAUUCUGCUGGAAAUGGGCCCUUUUACAUAGACCCCGAUAAUGGGGAUAUCCGUGCUACCGGAAUAUUAGAUCGGGAACAACGAGAAAGAUAUGAACUUCGAGUCAUUGCUAAAGACAAGGGGACCCCUCCUCUGCAAGGAUCAGCCACUGUUGUAGUCCUGAUAACAGAUCGCAAUGACAACGCCCCAAAGUUUGUUCAAGAAAUCUUUACCUUCUACGUCAAGGAAAAUCUUCUGGCUAACAGCCCCGUCGGCAUGGUGACAGUCACCGAUGCAGAUGAAGGCGAAAAUGCUGAACUUAGUCUAUUUGUGGAGAUGGAUGAGGAGGUCCAGAAGUUAGGGGAAAAAGGAGAUGGAGAAGAGAAGGAACAAGAAAUCUUUCAAUCGAGAACAACACCGGCUGUAGAUGGAGGAGAACCACAUCGAACCGCCACAGCCACAGUAUCCUUAUUUGUCACAGACGAGAACGACAACGCCCCUUCAGUCACGUCUCCAGCCAACGAGUCCUACACCCUCCUGCCACCUGCCAGCAGCGCUCGCACCAUCGUGAGAACAGUGUCCGCCACCGAUUCAGACACAGGCCCGAACGCAGACCUCCGCUAUGCCCUGGUCGGGGGAAAUCCCUUCAGGCUUUUCGAGAUCGGCCAUACCAAUGGAGUCAUCACGCUGGCCGAGCCUCUGGAACGGCGCCACAGAGGGCUACACAGGCUGGUGGUCCGGGUUAACGACAGCGGGAUCCCUUCGCUCUGCGCCACUGCUCUGGUCCAUGUGUUCAUCAAUGAGACACUGGCCAACGCCACGCUGGUAGAUACACAGGUGGCCAAGAGUUUGAUGGCGCCUCUGUCACUGGACAUUGCAGGGGACCCAGACAGCGAGCGUGCAUUAGGAAAGCAGAGGCUCAGUGUUGCCAUUGGCGUCCUGGCAGGGGCCGCAGCCGUCAUCCUGGUGAUCCUUCUUGUUGUCACUGCUCGUCAGUGUGGGGCUCAGGCCACAGGGGGGUCCGUGGCGGGGGAUCUGAUCGUGGGCGCAAACCUCGACGGGACAAGCGUAAUGGAGCUGGAGCUGGAACAACUGCCGGUGGUGGGAAGUCAGAGCGUUCCAUGUAUAGCGAUGGAGAUCCAGGAAGUCCCCGAAUGGGUGGAGGUAGAAGGCACCAGUCUAGUCCAGACUUGGCACGGCACUACAAAUCCAGCUCUCCCCUCCCCCGCGGUCAAUCUGCAGCCACAUUCCCCACCGGCUGAGGGCAAGAAACACCAAGCCGUCCAGGAGCUGCCUCCUUCCAACACUUUUGUGGGCAGUGGUGCCUGUGUGGGCAGCGCUGGCUCCAGUAGUAGCAGCAGUGGAGGCAGUGGGAAUGGAGAUGCAAUGUCUCUGGGAUCAGACCAGUGCUCCGAGUACGGCUGCCAGACUGGAAACAAGUACAGCAAACAGGGGACCCUCCGGCGGGUGACCUUCUCUGUGGUUAACCAGGCCCAAGAUGGCGGCUGCUAUGACAGCGGCUUGGAGGACUCGGAGACGCCCAGUAGCAAGAGUUCGUCAGGGCCCAGACUCGGAGCCUUGCCCCUGCCCGAGGAGGGCUACGAGCGGACCACUCCAGAGGGCAGCGUGGGAGAAGAGGAGCAUGUGGAGAACGAUGCCAGGCAGCUGCCAGAUGUGGCCCUCACCGGGAAGUGCACCCGUGAGUGUGAUGAGUUCGGUCACUCGGACACCUGCUGGAUGCCCGUGCGAGCCUCCCCACGCCGGCCGCGCCACGGCAGCGACCCACCACGGCUUUCCACAUUCGCCCCGGGAGAUGACAACAACAACCUCCGCGGCAACAACCACCAGGAGAGCGAUAGUGAGAGCAGCGCGGGCAGCUCAGAACCCGGGGUGGUGAGUGCAGAGGGUCAGAGGUUACCGCUGGCUAAUGGGGAUCCCCUCGGCACACUGGGCAACAGGAACAUGGGCGACCACAACCGCAACCUUCUGAACCGCAAGAUGACUUCUGCCUCCUAUGACACAUUCAGCAGCGCAGGCUUCGGCAGGCGCCAACCGGGGGACGAGGAGGCUGGGGAGAGUCAGGACGCACCGGAGGUCAUUCCCUUAACUCGAACAGGAGGAGACUACAAGACCACAUCCUGCCUCACACUGUCCCGGAGAGAAGUGUACCUGUGA